AACAGCCUCAGUCCCCACCCCCAGGCACAAAGGAGGAAACAUACCCACAGCAAGGAGACCAAAAUGCAAAUUACGACCUCAAUAUGUUUCUCUGCAGCCUAGUCAGAGCACUGCGGUGGCAACAACCCACUGAGGCACUGAAUUAAACAAAAAAGGGUUGAGGUUAUGAAAGGAGAGGUUCCAGCUAGAGUUCAAGAAAGUUUUCCAGACCUGCCUGCAGAGAAUUAAACGCAGACACUGUGAAGCUCAGCCAUGAAGGGCCUCCUCUUGCCAAUGAUCAACAAUACAAGCAACUGUUACCCUGACCAGAAAGUUUGGUUGGUUCUUCUGCAAAGCAGAGAUGGAAGUGAAGGUACCUUGGUUGGUCUGAGCAAGAGCAAAGAAUCCUAUCCUGACUUUGUACAUUGGAGAAGCCAGCAGCACUGCCAGUGUUCUUUUGAGGGAGUGUCUGUUUAGGAUCUGGUGCAAGCUGAAUCUUUGUUCAAAUAAGGUGUAAUUGAAAAGUGACCCUCUCUUCUCAGAGAUGUCUAAAACAAACAAAUCCAAGUCUGGAUCUCGCUCUUCUCGCUCAAGAUCUGCAUCAAGAUCUCGUUCUCGUUCAUUUUCGAAGUCUCGGUCCCGAAGCCGAUCUGUGUCUCGUUCAAGGAAGCGCAGGCUGAGUUCUAGGUCUCGUUCCAGAUCAUAUUCUCCAGCUCAUAACCGAGAGAGAAAUCACCCAAGAGUGUAUCAGAAUCGGGAUUUCCGAGGUCACAACAGAGGCUAUAGAAGGCCCUAUUACUUCCGUGGGCGCAACAGAGGCUUUUAUCCGUGGGGCCAGUAUAACCGAGGAGGCUAUGGAAACUACCGUUCGAAUUGGCAGAAUUACCGGCAAGCAUACAGUCCUCGUCGGGGCCGUUCCCGAUCCCGGUCCCCAAAGAGAAGGUCUCCUUCACCAAGGUCCAGGAGCCAUUCUAGAAACUCGGAUAAGUCUUCCUCUGACAGGUCAAGGCGCUCCUCAUCCUCUCGUUCUUCCUCCAACCACAGCCGAGUUGAAUCUUCUAAGCGCAAGUCUGCAAAGGAGAAAAAGUCCUCUUCCAAGGAUAGCCGGCCAUCUCAGGCUGCCGGGGAUAACCAGGGAGACGAGGCCAAGGAGCAGACGUUCUCUGGAGGCACCUCUCAAGAUACGAAAGCAUCUGAGAGCUCGAAGCCAUGGCCAGAUGCCACUACAUACAGUGCUAGUUCUGCAUCACGGGCCUCGGCAGUUUCCGACCUGAGUCCCCGGGAGCGAAGCCCUGCUCUCAAAAGCCCCCUCCAGUCUGUGGUGGUGAGGCGGCGGUCACCCCGUCCUAGCCCUGUGCCAAAACCCAGCCCUCCACUUUCUAGCACAUCCCAGAUGGGCUCAACUCUGCAGAGUGGUGCUGGGUACCAGGCUGGGACACACCAAGGUCAGUUCGACCAUGGCUCUGGGUCCGUGAGUCCAUCCAAAAAGAGCCCUGUGGGUAAGAGUCCACCGGCCAGUGGCUCCACGUAUGGCUCGUCUCAGAAGGAGGAGGCUGCUGCUCCAGGAGGAGCAGCCUAUACAAAGAGGUAUCUAGAAGAGCAGAAGACAGAGAAUGGAAAAGAUAAGGAACAGAAACAAACAAAUACUGAUAAGGAGAAAAUGAAAGAGAAAGGGAGCUUCUCUGACACGGGCUUAGGUGAUACGAAAAUGAAAUCUGAUCCAUUUGCUCCCAAAACUGACACUGAGAAGCCUUUUCGGGGUAGCCAGUCUCCCAAAAGGUAUAAGCUCCGAGAUGACUUUGAGAAGAAGAUGGCUGACUUCCACAAGGAGGAGAUGGAUGAUCAGGAUAAGGACAAAGCUAAAGGGAGAAAGGAAUCUGAGUUUGAUGAUGAACCCAAGUUUAUGUCAAAAGUCAUAGCAGGUGCAAACAAAAACCAGGAGGAGGAGAAGUCAGGCAAAUGGGAGGGCCUGGUGUAUGCACCUCCAGGGAAGGAAAAGCAAAGAAAAACAGAGGAGCUGGAGGAGGAGUCUUUCUCAGAGAGAUCCAAAAAGGAGGAUCGGGGAGGGCCCAAGAGGAGUGAAAGUGGCCACAGGGGGUUUGUGCCUGAAAAGAAUUUCCGAGUGACAGCUUACAAAUCAGUCCAAGAGAAAAGCUCAUCGCCUCCACCGAGAAAGACCUCUGAGAGCCGAGAGAAGCUAGGCGCCAAAGGAGACUUCUCCACGGGGAAGUCUUCCUUUUCUAUUACUCGAGAGGCCCAGGUCAAUGUCCGGAUGGACUCUUUUGAUGAGGACCUUGCAAGACCCAGUGGCUUAUUGGCUCAGGAGCGCAAGCUUUGUCGGGAUCUCGUCCAUAGCAACAAAAAGGAACAGGAAUUCCGUUCCAUUUUCCAGCACAUACAGUCAGCUCAGUCUCAGCGGAGCCCCUCGGAACUGUUUGCCCAGCAUAUAGUGACCAUUGUUCACCAUGUUAAAGAGCAUCACUUUGGGUCCUCAGGAAUGACAUUGCAUGAACGCUUUACUAAAUACCUAAAAAGAGGAACUGAGCAAGAGGCAGCUAAAAACAAGAAAAGCCCAGAAAUACACAGGAGGAUAGACAUUUCCCCCAGUACAUUCAGAAAACAUGGUUUGGCUCAUGACGACAUGAAAAGUCCCCGGGAACCUGGCUACAAGGCUGAGGGAAAAUACAAAGAUGAUCCUGUUGAUCUCCGCCUUGAUAUUGAACGUCGUAAAAAACAUAAGGAGAGAGAUCUUAAACGAGGUAAAUCAAGAGAAUCAGUGGAUUCCAGAGACUCGAGCCACUCGAGGGAAAGGUCAGCUGAGAAAACAGAGAAAACUCACAAAGGAUCAAAGAAGCAGAAGAAGCACCGGAGAGCACGAGACCGGUCCAGGUCAUCAUCCUCUUCCUCCCAGUCAUCCCGUUCCUACAAGGCGGAAGAGUACACUGAGGAGACAGAGGAGAGAGAGGAGAGCACCACGGGCUUUGACAAAUCAAGACUGGGGACCAAAGACUUUGUGGGUCCAAGUGAAAGAGGAGGCAGAGCUCGAGGGACCUAUCAAUUUCGAGCCAGAGGGAGAGGCUGGGGUAGAGGCAACUACUCUGGUAACAACAACAGCAGCAGCAGCAACGAUUUUCAAAAGAGAAACCGGGAGGAGGAGUGGGACCCUGAGUACACGCCCAAAAGCAAGAAGUAUUACCUGCAUGAUGACCGCGAAGGCGAAGGCAGUGAGAAGUGGGUGAGCCGGGGCCGGGGCCGAGGAGCCUUUCCCCGGGGACGGGGCCGCUUCAUGUUCCGGAAAUCCAGCACCAGCCCCAAAUGGGCCCAUGACAAGUUCAGUGGGGAGGAAGGGGAGAUUGAAGAUGAUGAGAGUGGGACAGAGAACCGAGAAGAGAAGGACAAUUUACAGCCCACAACCGAGUAGGGGCCACUGAUGGGAGCCCCUGCCCAGGGGAGAGAGGCGCCGGGAAGAUGGCUGGUGAGGAGCUAAACAGAGGAGCCUCGAGAAGAUUCUGAAAAUCCCACCCCCACCCCCCACUGGCCGUGCGGAAUCCUAUAGCCAAAAGCAUCCCUGGCGCUGCGUCCCACUGGACAGAGGCGGCAGCCGCAGAGCCUGGGGGCAGGCCCAGCUCUUGAGCAGAACACAACACGUUGGGCUUUAGCUGUGUUUCUCAUUUGUCGUUGGUGUGUGGGGUGGGGGCUGGGGUAGGGAGGGAAGAGCGAGUCUUGGAUUUUGGUUUGUUCCCUAUUAGAAACCAACAGUUUUGUUCUUAAUUUCAUUUCCUUUGGAGCUAAGAGGACUUAUUUGAUGAUUUUCAAUCUCUUCUCCCUUAUCCUGAUUUUAAAAGCCCUUCUUCUUCUUUUUUUAGGCAUAUGUAGUAACAUGAGCAGAAAGAUUUAAUUUGGGCAACUUUGAUUCUUAAAAAAGAAAACAAAGCAUGUGAAUAAACAUUGAAGUGUUCACCUCA